AUCUAUCAUCAUCUGAGACAACUGAACAAGUUUCAUCCAAAGUUAGCCAUGAAGAUCUUGCUUUUCUUUCUGUUUGCUAUGCUUGCCAUGACUGCACUUGCCCAGCCCUACUUAACGCAGGAUUACUAUUCCGGCAGUUGCCCCUCCGUGGUAGAUAUUGUUAGAAGGGAGAUGAUAGAAAUAGCGAUUGUGGACCGACCGAAGUUGGCGUCGAUACUCCGAUUGCAUUUCCAUGAUUGCUUUGUUCAGGGCUGUGACGGAUCUAUUUUCCUUGAAAGCACUGAUACAAUGAUAAGCGAGCAAGAAGCAAUUCCAAACAAGGACUCCAUUAAAGGUCUUGAUACUUUCGACAAUAUCAAGACGGCUGUAGAAGCCGAAUGCCCAGGAGUAGUAUCAUGUGCUGAUGUACUAGCUAUUGCAGCUAGAGAUGCAGUGAUCCUGAGUGGAGGGCCAUACUGGGAUGUUCCAUUAGGGAGGAAGGACUCGACGACAGCAAAUUUUGUAGCAGCAAACAUUAACAUUCCAUUGCCUAAUCAAGAUCUGGGCACCCUUCUCGCCAAGUUUCUCUUUCAAGGCCUUUCUUUGCAAGAUAUGGUUGCUCUGGUUGGUGCCCAUACAAUUGGAGUGGCUCGAUGUGUCAGCUUCCGAGAAAGGAUCUACGGCGACUUCCUAGAAACAGUUGGACUGAACCCAAUAAGCCAUGCCUACCUCUUCCACUUGAAAGCACUAUGCCCUGAGGUCGGCGGCGAUGACAACACCUCACCCAUGGACAACAUCACUCCCAUUUUUUUUGACAAUUCAUUCUACCAGAUCCUGGUGAGAGGUGAGGGUCUGCUGAAUUCAGACCAGGAGAUGUACUCAAGCCUCUUGUCUGGAGACACGAAGCCGCUCGUCAUUCAGUAUGCAGCAGACCUGCUUCUCUUCUACAAACACUUUACAGAAUCAAUGUUGAAGAUGGGAAACAUCACAGACCCGCUGAGCUAUGCCACUGGUGAAGUGAGGAGGAAGUGCAAUGUUGUUAACUCGUGAGAUCUGGUAUUUGAUUUCUUGUUUAGGUCCAUACUGGGUCCCUUGUUGCUUCCACAGUUUGAUUCUUGAGUGAAGUUGCGAAUCUUCUAGAGAGCAGGAGUAAUUCUCAAGAAGAAAGCUAGAAAGCAGAGUAUAGCUACAAUCUCAACGCUGGCCUACUUGUUGAGCAGUAUUACUCUUUCCUUUUUCUUUUUCUUUUUUCUUUUUAUAACAUCAGCAAUAAU